AUGACACCCAGAGUCAAGCGAACAUACGGCUCUCGUGCUGCGAGACCUCCCAUCCCGUCAUCCCCGCCUUCCGAUCUAUACUCUUCCCCACCCACGCUCAAACGCAAGCGGCCCCUCGCCGACAGCGCCACGGUCUCCAACGCCCCUCCAGCGAAAAAGCAGCACCACACAGCAAAACCCCCAGCGAAAUCUCAGCUGAAGACGCGCAAGGGCAAGGAGCCGCCGAAACAGAAGAAGUUCACACAGCUCCACUUCUCCUUGGACACCACCGUACUCAGGACCUGCCCCUUGUGUGACCUGUCGUAUACCAAGGGCGCUCCAGAUGACGAGAGUCUGCACAAGAAGCAUUGCGUAAGGGUGCAGAGGGGCCUGGAGUGGGGUAAGGACGAGGAGCGGGAGGUGGGCAAGGUUGGUGUAGAGGAGAUCGCCACUGGCUUGAAGCUCAAGAGUGGAGUCAAGGGACGUAUCAUAUGCUUCAGACCAGACGUUGGAGGAAAAAUCGGCGCAAAGCUCACGACACUCCUCGAGACGAUCCGCCUCGCGCUCUCCUCACCCCCUCUCUCACGAGCCGUCCUCAAGCACAGCAAAUUCUACCUCUUCCUCCUCCCCUCCACCAGCAACUCUACCAACACCGCACCCUCCGCCCGCGAAACGAUCGUGGGCUGCGUCAUCGCGCAGCGCAUCUCUACCGCCAUGGCGGUUGCCUCCGACGCCGACCUCUCCCCGUCGGGCGCGCGCACACACAUGAGCCUCAUCUCCGUCGACACCUCCACAAAUCUCUACGUCCGCCCUGCCCCGCUUCCGACCCCACUCGGCAUCCCGCGCCUCUUCGUCUCGUCCUCUCACCGCCGCCUCGGCAUCGCGUCUCACCUCCUCUCUGCCGCAGCGUCCACCUUCAUCCUGGGGUGUCCGCUCGACCCCGCCAAGGGCGAGGUAGCGUUCACACAGCCGACAGGCGCGGGCAAGGCCGUGCUGGAAGUCUGGGGUAAGGGUGGCGUGCGCAUCUACGAAGAGGAGCAACGCCUGGGUUGA